GCUACACUGCUGGCAAGGAGUAUGAUAUUCAAGCGAGUGUAAGCGAAAGUGUCAAGAUGCUAUCUUCUGCUGCGAAGGAGGCGGGAAUCUGGCUCAUCGGAGGUCAUACCUCACUCAAAUGUGUGGCAAAGGGAUAGAAAAUUUAUAUUUUGUCUAACAGGUUCGAUACCCGAGAGAGAUGUGGAGACAAACGACAUCUACAACACCUGCACUGUGUAUUCUCCGACAGGUGUCAAGUUCCCUGAAACUCUUUCCAAUCAACACUGAUGUACGUGGAUGGAGGUGCACUUGUUGCAUCACAUCGCAAGAUAAAAUUCAAGGAGAGCGAAACGUUGACAGGAGGAACAAUGGCGAACUAUUUUGACACUGAAUUUGCACGUAUUGGGCUCGGUUUGUGCUACGACGUCAGGUUCCCGGAACUGGCGAUGAUUGCGGCACGGCGAGGUUCGUGGUUACCUGAUUUAUACGAAAAACGAAAAACGCACAAACUCUUAAGGUUGUCACGCCAUGGUUUAUCCUGGGGCAUUUAACCUCACCACUGGACCUUUGCAUUGGGAACUGCUUCAACGAGCUCGG